CCAAAAUUAAAAAAAAAAAAGAAGUCCUAGAUUGGCUCAAUAUUAGAUGAUUGAGAAGUCUAAACCUCUAUAUAAGAAGUGUUUCUCUAUUGAAUACCCAGGAAAAGUGGAUAAUUUGGAGAAAAGUCUUGAAACACUUGGAGGAAUUGGAGAGAUUCGUCGAGCAUGUUUACAAGAGGAGGAAUUGGAGGAGAAGAAGCCAUUAGAGCUAAGAUUAUGGCCGAAAAAUCCGUAUGAGCAUCCGGUUCAAGCACGUCCAGUAAAAGUACAUAAUUUGGUACUUCAGUUAAAAAAAAAAGGAAAAAAAGAGGAAAAAGAGAAGGAAAUAGAGGAUACGGAGAGUUUUAUAGAGUAUAGAAUUAUUGGAAUAAUAAAAAAAACGUAUAGAUUUAGAGAUAUGAUUGAUUUUCAAUAUAAUACACAUGCAUCAAAUUUUAUUAAAAUGUGGAAUAAGAGUAUUAUUCCUCUUGAAUUUGAAUCGUUGGAUGAAUUUUCAAUAUCAUUAGAAGAAAAAGAUGAUCCGGAGAAUCUUGAUCUUCCAGUUCCAUCGGUGUUUUCAAGGACGAAGAUUCCGCAUAAUUAUUGGUAUCGACAAAAUCCAAGUUUAAUUAAAAUACAACAGGAUAGUAAACUUAAGCUUGUUAAUAAGUCAAAAGCGCCUAGAAUAUGGUCUAUUUCUGUUCCAUGGGAGACGGAGACAGUUCCAGCAGAACCUCAUGUUAAACUUCCUAAUAUACCAGAACAGAAUAUACAAAAUAUUUUAAAUUUAUUAAAAGUAUUAUUUGAGGAGCGUCCAAUAUGGACACGUAGGGCAAUUACAUAUAAAGUCAAUGAAAAAGAUUCAGGAAUGUCAGUAUAUUUGAAAUACGCACUAGCAUAUGUAGCAUAUCAUUGGAGAUCAGGUCCAUGGAGAGAUACGUAUGUAAAAUAUGGAGUAGAUCCUCGUACGGACCAAAAAUAUCGAUUUUUUCAAACAGUAUCGUUUACAUAUAGACCUUCAGAAAAUUUGGAUAACGCUAAUCUUUCUCCUCAAGAAAAGGAAGAAUCCAAUUCUCCCAUAUUUACAGGACAAACACUUUAUCAACAAACCAGAAUUUUCCAAAUUAUAGAUAUAACUGAUUGUUUACUUGUACAAUUACUAGGAAAAAUUCCAUUAAGAGCUAAGGCAAAUUUUAAAAAUGGUUGGUUUAAAUCUACUCUAUUCGAUAAGUUUAAACUUAUCAUGAAACAAAAAUUUAAAGCGUUAUCUGAAGGAAGAAUAGCAUCUGAUCUUGAAUUUAUAAAAAUAUUAGAACGAUCAAAUGAUUCUUCAUCUUCUGUUACUGAUGAUGAAAUUGAUGAAACAAAAUUUGAUACUUCAUUAAUUUCUCAAGAACCUGAUUCUAAAGUUAAUUUGCUUAUGAAAGAUUUUUUACAAAAAGUAGGGGCUCUUGAUGAUGACGAUUUUUAUAAUGACGACGAUGCAUUUGAUGAUGACAUAUUUGGUGAUGAUUAAUUAAAAUAUUCAAUUCAUAUAAACAAUAUAUUUCUUCUUUAAUAU